AGGAUUGAUCGACUAGAUCAAGCUUUACAAGACUGCUGCAUGAAAACAAGAUGCAAGUAUCACAUCAAAAGGCCAAAUGCACUGUGGCACAUCAAUGGCCACCACAAGCUGAUCUGGUGGGGAAUUGUCAUCCAUGGGUUUAUUGAUGGC